AUGGGAUUCAUAAAGGGCCAAGUUGGAUGGCUUCAACAUGAUUUUGGACAUUUAUCUGUCUUUCACGAUUCCACGUUGGAUCACGUUUUACACCAUUUUACGAUAGGAUUUAUUAAGGGAGCUUCAGCACAAUGGUGGAAUCACAUGCAUUAUCAACAUCAUGCUAAACCUAAUGUGAUGGAUAAAGACCCUGAUGUAAGAGUUGAAAAAUUAUUUGUUGUUGGUGACCAUAUGCCAGUUAAGGUGGCCAAAGAAGGAAAAUCGAGCGUCCCGUUUAACUGGCAACAUCGUUAUUUCUUUAUCGUUGGUCCACCACUUCUGUUUCCAGUGUAUUUUCAAGCUACUUUAAUACGCCAUGUUAUUACUAGGAGAGCCUGGGUGGAUAUGGCCGUAUUGGUUUUAUUUGUUGCCAAGUUUUUGUAUCUAUACGUACCAUUGUUGGGUUUGGGACAAACCAUCAUCUAUUACUUCCUAAUGAGGAUGCUUGAAAGCCAUUGGUUUACCUGGGUCAGUCAGUCGAACCAUAUUCCCAUGGAGAUCGAUGAAGAUCAUGCUGAAGCUUGGUUACCACUACAACUCCACGCUACUUGCGACAUUGAAAAAUCUUUCUUUAACGAUUGGUUCACGGGACAUCUCAACUUUCAAAUUGAACAUCACCUGUUUCCAACGAUGCCACGUCAUAAUUUAUAUAAAAUUGCACCCCUGGUGAGGUCAUUAUGUGAAAAACAUGGUCUAAAAUAUCAAGUUAAACCUUUAUUACAAUCUUUCAAAGAUAUUGUCAGUUCUUUGAAGCAUUCUGGAGAAUUAUGGUACUCUACCUACAACCAGUACCGAUGA